AUGAGUGCUUUAUAUCGUUUAAUUAUCACUCGCUUAGAUCCUUUGGUCCCCAGUCGUUACCAAACUUUUUGGAAUCACCCUGCAGGACCGAAAACCGUUCAUUUCUGGGCACCAACUGUCAAAUGGGCCUUAGUGAUUGCCGGCUUAGCCGAUAUGGCAAGACCUCCAGAGAAGCUUAGUGUUCGACAAAGCGGAGCUCUUGCUGCAACCGGGUGCAUUUGGGCUCGUUAUUGCUUGGUGAUCAUACCGAAAAAUUAUUACUUAUUCAGUGUCAAUAUGUUUCUUGGCACCACUGGCUUCAUUCAAUUGACUCGCAUUUAUUUGUAA